AUGUCUAGCUUAUCCUCUCGUCUUUCCCUAACCAAAAACCUUGCUCGUGCUUCUCUUCCUAACAACAUCAAUGGCUCUUCAUCACCGCCAUCUCUCCCUGCCAAUAAUAAGACCUCCAAACUUCCAAUGCGCAGCAGAACAACUCCACCGUUGCCGGGAAAGAAGCAGCAGCAACAGAACUUGCAACGCCGCAAGCCAAAGCAGCCUUCUGUCAUUGAACUCGAAAGUGCCAUUGGUGCUGGAAGGUUUCGUGAUACUGACAACUCAGAUGUAGAAGAAGGAAAUGACGCGAAGUUCGACAUGUUGAUGAUGAACUUCAACAAGUUAGAAGGGCCAGUGGAGAAGCAGCUCCGGGAGACAGGAGAGUGGGUAACUAAUCAAACCGAAAGAGGGUUCCGUUCAAACGGUAAAAAGAUUCUGAAAUUUAUGUUCUUGUGGACACUACCAAUCUGGGCUUUCUCGCUCCUAGUUGCCGCUGGAGCCAUCAAGCUAAACAUCCCACUUCUUAAUGACCUUAUUAUGUAAACCUAGUUUUCUGUCUAAGUGCAUUUCAAUUCAAAUGCUCUAGCUACCUUUGUAGA